AUGGCAAAUGUGCUAGAUAAGGACCACUACAAAGGUUCAAUUAUGAACCUGAACAUCUUUUUCCAAAAAGAACAAGAUGCUUACCUUCAACUACAAGGUGGUGAGGAAUAUGCUGCACCCAACCAAAGGAAAAUGAGAUCCCUUUCAAUACCCUACAGAAGUUGCCUGAGCUGGCUGUUCCAUCAGAAUAUCUGA